CCGGUAUAUAAGAGUGCUUGGCCGGCGGAAGGGUACCAGUUUCCUCCUCGACUUGGUCAAGGCAAAGGCUGUUGGAUCCUCCGCUUUGCAGAUCCGCCAUCAUGAAGUUUGUGGUGCUCCUGGCGCUGGUGGGCCUGGCGAGCUGUCGCUCCGCAAGCACUGGCGGACAUUUCGGCAAGGACGUGAAGAUCCAAUACACCUUCGAGGACCACGACGGCGAUGAGGUGAAGGUGGAGGAGGAGCACGAGCGCCUGCAAGCGGUGCGCGCGCCCAACUUCAGGGCCGCCGCUCGCGCCGAGGCAAAAACGCCCGAGAGGAAGAUCGCCUUUGUGGACGACAUUGACGACGAGGACGUCCGCUUCGUCCCUGUGAGCGCCCCCGUUUAUAAGCCGAGGCAGCGGACCCGCCUCGUCGAAGCCGCCCCCGCCCCGAGGCAGACCCAGUACGUCGAGGUGGCGGCCGUCCCCGCCCUCGCCGUUCAGCCUCAGGUGGAGCCCCGCCUCGUGGAAGUGGAGCCAGCCCCCCUCCCCCUGGCGGAGGCGAGGUUCGUGGAGGUCGAGGCCGUCCCCGCCCCGGUCCCGCGACGCCAGUUGGAAGCACGCCUCGUAGAGGUCGAGGCGGCCCCCCUCCCCCUCCUGCGUUCUCAGGUGGAAACCCGCUACGUGGAAGCCCUCCCUGCCCCGCCUCCAAGGCUGGAGGCCCGCUUCGUUGAGGUCGAAGCCCCUAGGUUCAAGUCUCGCAAGGUCGACCUCGACGACGACGAUUUCCGCCCGUUGCUGGUCUCUCGGGCCCCGCCCGCCAAGCCACAGCCUCUGGCCGCCGUCGGCCGCGUCUCGCCCGCCUCGCCUCCAGGAUCUCCGACAGCAGCGACGAAAACUGAGCGGAGAAGAAGGUUGCCUGAACGAUACUUUGGGCUUUGAUUAAGAAUAAAGAUCUUUAUAUUUAAGUA